UUAUUUGGCUUAUCUCUCACUUCUUCAAGAUGAAGAUGAUGAUGAUGAUGAUGAUGAAGAAGAACGAAUAUGGCAAUAGAUAUCUUUUCUCAUCACUGAACUCGUAAGCAUACGAUCCGAUCUUGAUUCUCUGCGUUUUUUCUGUGAAUUCAUCCACCGUACGUACUUGAGAAGAUCUUCGUUAAAACCGCCAUUGCUGUGAUUCGUCUGCAGUUGAGUUGAGGUACAAGAAUGGGAUGUACUCAAUCGAAGAUCGAUAACGAAGAAACAGUAACUCGAUGUAAGGAACGGAAGUUAUUUAUGAAAGAUGCAGUCGCCGCUCGGAACGCUUUCGCCGCCGCUCAUGCCGGUUACACCUUCGCACUUAAGAACGCUGGAGCCGCGCUCAGCGAUUAUUCACAAGGUGAGGCUCAGCAACCGCAAUUCGCACCAACGCUCAUUGACCCUGUCUUACCUCCUGCUCCUCAGCCGCCGUUUGAGUCUAUACUUGCUCCUCCUCCACUCCCUGAUUUUCCUCUUCAACGUGCUGCUAGUAUGCCUGAAAAUUUCUCACAUAAACCUGAUCUGAAGCACACGGAUCCGAUAAUCGAGGAGGAAGAAGAAGAGGAGGAGGAUGAGGAUGAAGAAGAGGAGAUGGAAAACGAGAAUCAUGACUUGAAGAGAAGAACUUCUAAUAGAAAGAAAGAAUCAUUCGGUAGAGGAACUGAUAGCGAGGGUUUACCGCCGCCGCCACUACCUAGAACUCCGCCACAAGAUAAUCGGUCUUCACUACCACCGGAGGAAGAGUGGGACUUCUUCUUUCCUCCCAUGGAGAAUGUGCCUGGGGCUAAUUUGGCUGAUCUCGACGAGGCAAGGAUGCAAAGGGCGGACAUGGAAAGGAAAAUGUAUGAAGAAAGGAAGAAGGCGGAACUUGUGGAAGACAAGAGCAAAACUGGAGGAGGAAGAAGAAACAUGAUGAAUCAGGAGCCCGAACCGUCUGAGAAAACUAAUGAGCUUCCACCACAGCCGCCGCCUCCAGCAGCGGCGAAGCCUGCCAAGAAAGUGAAGCAACCAGUUCCUUCUUCCGAUAACAGAAGAGGUGGAAAGGUCUCUUUUAAUUUGAUUAAGAUAUUCAGUGACUUAGAUGAUUUAUUUCUCAAGGCAUCACAAAGUGCUAGUGAUGUUUCUAAGAUGCUUGAAGCAAAUCGAUUGCACUUCCAUUCUAAUUUCGCGGGUAAUCAAGGACAUAUUGAUCACUCUGCACGGGUUAUGCGUGUAAUCACUUGGAAUAAAUCUUUCAAAGGAUUGCCAAAUAAUGCUGAUGAUGGUAAAGAUGAUGACAUAGAAUCAGAAGAACUUGAAACUCAUGCAACUGUAUUGGAUAAGAUGUUAGCUUGGGAGAAAAAACUUUACGAUGAAGUGAAGGCAGGAGAGCAGAUGAAGCUCGACUAUCAAAAGAAGGUUGCUUCGCUUAAUAAACUAAAGAAACACAAUGCUAGUAUAGACACAUUAGAGAGGACUAAAGCAGCUGUCAGCCAUCUUCACACAAGAUAUAUAGUCGAUAUGCAAUCCAUGGAUUCCACAGUUUCUGAAAUAAACCGCUUACGUGAUCACCAGUUAUAUCCCAAACUCGUUCAACUUGUCGACGGUAUGGCUACAAUGUGGCAGACUAUGUACACAUACCACACCGAGCAACACAAUAUCGCAUCAGCCCUCAAGUUCGUUGACAUGUCACAAUCCCUAAAAGAAACGAGCGCCCACCACCACGAGCGAACUAUCCAACUCCACGUCGUAAUACAAGAAUGGCAACUUCAGUUCGAGAAGCUAAUCAAACACCAAAAAGACUAUGUAAAAUCCCUUAACAGCUGGCUAAAACCGAAUCUCAUACCCAUCGAUAACAACCUCAAGGAGAAAGUCUCGUCACCUUCCCGACCCCAAAACCCGCCAAUCCACGACCUUCUACAAAACUGGAACGAUUUCCUCGGGAAGCUUCCCGACGAGCUGGCGAGAACUUCCAUAGCCAACUUUGCAGCAGUUAUACAGACGAUCGUGCAUAGUCAGGAAGAUGAGUUGAAACUAAGGGCGAGAUGUGACGAGACAAUUAAGGAGAUUAACCGUAAAACAAGGCAGUUUGAGGAUUGGUAUAGAAAGUACGUACAACGUAGGGUUCCGCCAGAAGAGGAUGAGGUUGAGAGGGCGGCAGCGGAGAAGGAGUUGGUGGAUGAGAAGAAGUUGGCGGUGGAGACGGUUCAAAAGAGGUUGGAGGUGGAGGAGGAGAGUUAUAGGCAGCAAUGUGUUCAGGUUAGGGAGAAAUCUUUGACGAGUUUGAAGACAGCUCUUCCGGAGCUCUUUAGGGUUUUGUCUGAAUUCUCAAACGCGUGUUCAGAGAUGUUCUCGAGGCUCAAGUUUUUCACUGAAAGACAAGGUAAUAAUGCUAGAACUUGAGUUUGUUGUGAGAUUGUCAUAUAUGUAUGAUAGUGUAUUAUUGUGCAUGUAUGGUUGAGAAGAAAAAAAAACAAAAAAACUUGUUGUAUUUAUUUAAUAUGACAUCUUUAUGAUUUGUUGAUUUUUGAGAAAUCCAGGUAUUAUGGUUUUAGUGA